GUCAGGAGUGUAAAUUUAUUGAAACGUAUUUGGGCAUUCGGUAAAAUUUACGUAAAACCAAAAGACAUUGCUCAGUCCAAAAUGGCUACCUACCCAUAGCGUCCAUCGGUGUUAAAAUUAUCACCUCUUGAAAAAUGGUUGUUUGUGCUGUAAAAUUGUGUAGAAACUACACAGGAAAGAAUAUCAAACAUCCAGAAGGCAUUUCCUUUCAUCGCUUCCCAACGGACAAGGACCAAAAGGAAGAAUGGAUUCGAGCCAUCCGCCGUGAGCCCACCUGGGCACCUGGUACACACUGCCGUAUUUGUUCCGUACACUUUGACAAUUCUGACUUUAAGAUAUCAGAAACUGGCAGAAGAAUACUGCAUAAAGAUGCAAUUCCUACAAAGAAUUUGUAUUUGGAGGAGCGCAGUGACAUGAGUUUUAAACCGAGAGUGAAAAAGAUCCGUAAAAUAAAACCUGCUACAUCAUGCAAAGACGACCACCUACUGGCCUGCAGGACCUGUCUUGCCACGGAUACUGCGUUAUUUGAACUGCAUGAAAAUCACCUUGUGGACACUCUUGCGAGGAUCACGGAUAUUGUUGUGUCUCCGGCUGACGGACUUCCUCAGCACCUCUGUAGCAUUUGCAUGACUUUACUCAUGAAGUGUUCAUAUUUUAAAAUGCGAUGCCACGACGCAAAAGAGCUGCUGGAACAAGCUGUGGCACAAGGAGAAGUGAUAACCACUUCCUAUCUCCGAACGAUCGACCGUCGCUCUCACCAUCUCAUAUUACCGCUCACUACCAAACGGCUGCCAAAUAUCAACUAUGUUGACGAUGUGGCAGAACCGACAACACUGACAGACAGACUAGCAGAUACAUUAACAGAUCUCAACGAAAUGAAUGUAACAGAUUGUGUGGUAUUGGAGCCUGUGAAGCGGUUAGCAGAAGAUUUUGAUAAUGGAGUGGAUAUUUCCGAUUUAUCAGAGGUAAAAGAAGAAACAGAUUAUUUUGACAUGCAAACAAACAACGUUAUGUCAACUGACGACGACACGUACGACGCGUUUGACGACACACCCUUAAUACAACACAAACAACAGCAAUGCAUGAACAACAUAAAAACCGAAUACGACGCGGCACUCUUUCCGACGGACGUCAAAGAUGAGUUUGAGAAAAAGAAGCGAAAAAAAAGAAAAAGGGAAGAGAGGGAUGUGAAAAAGAAAAAGAUUAAAAAGGAAAAGCUCAAAGAAGACAUUAGGAACACAAAACCUCGUAAAACAGAAGAAGAUUACGAAAGAUUCUCAACUGAAUACAAUGUAGAUAUUAUAUUCUUAACCAAGGAAGAACAGAUCAACGAAGUAAUUGCAAGAAGGGAGAGUGACAAUUACAAGAAUUCAAGGUUCAAAUGUGAGCUCUGCUUCAAGGGGUUCACUGGCGAAGCCGCGUUUAGAAAUCACAAGGGAAUACAUGACCCGAGCGUAGGCAGUUACGAAUGCGAGGCGUGUAAAUUCCGGUUCCCAAAACGCUACAAGUUAUUGCACCAUUUAACGCAGCACAAAAUGAACUUCGUUUGUCGACUAUGUGGACACACCAGCAAACUCCCAUCCAAAGCGAUGGAGCAUUUCAAAUGGCACAACGGUGUGAAAUAUCCGUGUCAUUUCUGCGACAGAGUAUUCAUCAAACGCACAUCACAAUUCAACCACAUGCGAAAUCGGCACGGGUCAGCGUCAUGCGACAUCUGCCAAGAAAUAUUCUCGGGUGAGCGUGGCUUGCUCUCGCAUAUGCAGAAGGCACAUAAAGAGGCAGUGAAAUCACGCUGUGAAUUAUGCAACGUGCAGUUCCACACGGAAAUGGCUUUGAAUAGACAUUAUGAGUCCGCGCCUGGCGGUUGCGGGCCGCACGUCAAGGCGUGUGCGGAAUGCGGAGAAAAUUAUCCAUCGGAAGAAACUCUCAACGAUCAUAUGAAAAUGAACCAUUGGAGAGAGAUUAAAUGCGAGAAGUGUAACGCAAAUUUCGAAAACGAAAAACUGUACCGCAUGCAUCGCGUCAUACACAAGGAGACAAGGAACAGACGACCGAGAGACGCCAAGCCGAAGUCCACUAGUGGAAUUGCGAGUGGCAAGCAGCGCAAGCCGAAACGACCGCCCAAAAUACAGAGGCGGAUGUGUGAAAUGUGCGGGCUUACUUGGAGGAGUGCUGCUGCGCUGAAAUAUCACCAACGAGUUCACACCGGAGAGAAGCCUCAUCAAUGCCCUCUGUGCCCGAAGAGCUUCAGGAUACAGGACUCUUUGCAGAUUCACAUGAACACUCACACCGGCGCGCGUCCCUUCAAAUGCCCCCACUGUCCCAAGGCGUUCAAGUCGCGCACGCAGAACCACAAACAUCAGUUGGUGCAUACAAAAGUCCGCCGGUACCGGUGUGAUCUCUGCGACAAGACGUUCCAGACUUCCACCUGCGUCAAAACCCACAUCAAAACUGUCCACAUGAAGAUCCCACAGCCCCCUAGGGCGAGACAUCGUCCAAGACCGCCUGAAAUUGACACACACCCGCUGUAUAUGCAUAAAGUCGACGGAGUAUCUAUGGAGAGUCAAUAGCCAAGUACUGAUUUAAGGGUAACAAGCACAAACAAUACAAAACUGCGUGACGAAUACGAGUAUGCGAUUGGUGAUAAAAGAUAGACAUUGAAGAUAAAGACAACAUAGACAAAAGACACAAAUUCUUGACAAUAGAUGUAAAUUUGGUCAUAAAACACCAAUUAGGGAUAACAGAUACAAAUUUGGGACAAAAAAUAAAAAAUUGGUGAUAUAAAAUACACAAAUUGGGGACAACACACAAAAGUUCGGGGCAAAAUAUGAAAUUGGGAGAUAAAAGACACAAACUGGGGACAAAAGAUAAAAUUUAAAGAUAAAAGACACAAACUGGGGAGAACAAACAUGAAAUCGGGACAAAAGAUUUGGAAUAAAAGUCACAAACUGGUAACAAAACACAGAAAUUCGUGAUAAUAAGUACUAAUUGGGGACGAAAGGCACAAAAUGACUGCAAUAACAUCGCACAAAAAUCACAACCACUAAAGACUGAUAUACGGGAGUACUAAAAAGAGACGGUCGGGUACCUGGAACCAAUUUUUUUAAAUAUGUUAGACACACUUGUCCACAAUCUCACCAAAAAAACCUGAAAAACCUGGUGUUGAACAGCCCCAAAUUGUACUUUUUGGGAAAUACAGACGAGUAUUCCAUUCUUUUGCCGUACGCAUCAGAAAGGAGGAAGCAAAGCGCUUAGUGCGAAUAGGUGGUAUAUCAACGACAUAAGGAUGGAGUGUUCCGGACCUCUA